AUGACACGGCAACUCCCUCACCUCUCUCGUCAUGUCGACACACAGGGCAGCGGAUCUAGUCAACCUACCCACAGCAAUGCCGCCUACACAGUGAGAGAAGUGCCGUUCGGAACUUCGCAGCCUAUUCGAAUCGUCGGAAUCGGGGCCGGAGCAAGCGGGAUCAACCUGAUCCGCACCUUGAGAAACACCCUCGGUGCCUCGACGUACGAGCUUGUCAUCUACGAGAAGAACGAGAACGUCGGGGGUACCUGGUUCGAGAACCGGUACCCCGGUUGCAAGUGCGACGUGCCAAGCCACAACUACCAGUUCAGCUGGAGACCGAAUCCGGCUUGGUCAAGCUUCUUUGCCCCCGCGGCAGAGAUCGAGGACUAUCUUUGUCGAAUUUGUGACGACGAAAAGCUACGGCCCUUCAUCAAGACUUCGCAUCAAAUUGUGGGAGCGGCUUGGUCAGAGUCCAAGGCCGUGUGGGAGCUGCAGAUCAAGAACUUGGAAACAGGCGCCGUCUUUGAGGAUUAUGCCAACUUUCUUAUUGACGCAACUGGUAUCCUGAACAAAUGGAGAUAUCCGGAUGUGGAGGGCAUCUCCCUUUUCGAGGGUACCCUCAUUCACAGCGCAAACUGGCCCAAGGACUUUGAUUAUACGAACAAGACGGUAGCAAUCAUUGGAAAUGGCGCGUCUGGUGUCCAAAUCGUCCCAGCCAUGAGAACAUACGUGAAGAAGCUUCAUCACAUCAUCCGGACACCUACCUUGAUCAUCCCUCCUCGGGUUGCAACGAUGAAGAUGGGUCCUUCAGCUGCUCUCCUCAACCAAAUUGAAAUGGACGAAAAUGAACAGUUCUCAACGGCGACGAUCGAAAAGUUCAAAAGCGACCCGGCUUUUUACAACAAGUUUAAACAAACUCUCGAAAUGGACUCCAACAUCAAGUUUGCCAUUUCCCUCAUCGCGGGAAGUCCUCAACAGGCAUGGGCGCUGGGAAAGACGAAGGAAUUCAUGACGGCGAUGCUCAAGGGAAAUGAGAAGCUCUGCAAGCAGCUCAUACCCGACUUCCCCCUUGGAUGCAAGCGACUUACUCCCGCCCCUGGGUAUCUCGAAUCGUUCCACGACCCCCGGGUCUCCCUUCAUACUGAUUCCAUCAAGAGGUUCGUGCCUCAAGGUAUAGAAUUGGCCAGUGGGAAGGUUCUCGACGUUGACGUUAUCGUCUGCGCCACUGGCUUCGACUCAUCAUUCCGUCCAUCAUUCCCGCUCGUCGGUCGACACGGCAACUUGCAGGACAUCUGGUCUGAGCAAACGCCCAAAGCUUACAUGUCUCUUGCCGUUGCCGGUCUGCCAAACUUCUUCAAGUUCCUCGGCCCCAACGCACCUGUUGUGCAGGGCGAUGUUUUUACGCUUAGUGAGCACAUUGCUACGUACAUCGCCAACACGAUUCUCAAAUGCCAGACGGAAGGCGUCCGAACAAUCGCCCCUUCAGAAGCGGCUGUGGAGGACUAUUUUGAGCAUAUCUCGGCUAUUAUGCCUCGUACGGUCUUUGCAGGCGGGUGCAGAUCCUGGUACAAGCAAGGAGAGGUCAACGGCCCUGUGACGGGUCUGUACCCCGGGAGCCGUAUGCACUUCAUCCAUCUGCUGGAGCGAUUCAGGGGUGAGGAUUGGGAGUACACGUACGAGAAUGCGAAGCAGAACCGAUUCGCAUACUUGGGCAACGGGUUCACCGUGCCGGAGAUGAUGAUGCUCAAGGCUGGAGCGCCGCCUUCCUGA